AUGUGGGCUGUGACUUCCAUGGUUCUGGUCAGGAUACUGUGGGCGAUGCCAAUGUCCCUGCUCAAGAGGGUCGUCCCGUGGUGUUCUGAAUUCGCUCCUUCCUCAGGCAUCUUACUUUACAUCUUACCGCCUCUUGCUUUGAGAUAUCUCAAGUCGCCUGACAUUGCUGAAUCUUUGAGACCAUCGAUAGAGUCAUUCUCAUUCGACAAAAUGACUGCCGCCCAGUUGUGUUUCGGCAUGUUUGUAUUCAGGAAGGUCGGCACAAAAUAUCUUUGCCAACCCGAAAACAUCGUCGACCUUGAAUACAGGUACACGGAUCCUAUAGACCGAUCGACAAUGAUCCAUGAGGAGGUCCAGGGGUCGUCCGCUGGUAGAUGCCCUGCCGUGAACAACACAGAAUCUCUACCGGCCUGUGGCAGAUUUCGCUCGGAUGAAUUUGGGUUGAUGGCCACUUUCGUUAUGGACCUACAUGGUAAGUCGGCUGUUUCCGAUGAUGCGCGUGCGUUCGUUUCAAGGCAAAAGAUUCGUCCGAACGUCAGCAAAUUGGCGUACAUGGGAGUUCGUAUGGCUGACAACAAGGAGAACAUUGGCCCUCAGCGCCGUAGUGGAAGCCGUACGUGGACAUCAUCCGGGGAUGCAACUAGAUUUCCGGCUGGCCCACGACAGUUGCAUGCAUCAAAUAUCCUACAAUACCAUGGUAUCGCAACUCCGAGCCGAACUCCGACUGGCGUCCAACAGCACUCCUACGCCCCAAGUUGCCGCCGGGCAGAUUCACCCUUGAAGAUUCGCAAGACCCGAGAGAAUCUGAGGCACGCCGUCCUCUGCUCUGACGUCCUGCCGACAUGCGAGCAGGUACUACAGCAUGCAUCGAAGAGUCUCGGCAGUGCUUCUGGGAGCAACAUAGCAGGCGUGGAGAUGCAUAAACGCUCGCGCGACUCCUGGUCAGGUCCGCCAAUGAUCGAUUCCGGAUUGUCAACGCCACAACAGUAUUCCGUUCAGAGCAUCAGACCAUUGUCACCUACUAUCGUAGCUUCUACAGAAAGCAGAGUGCGGAGGCAGAAGUCAAUCAGUCAGCGCGUCCUCACGAGAGUCAAAGAAGGAUUCAGUGCUCGCACAAAAGCGACGGCAGAUUCAAAUCGAGCGACAGAUCCUGAGGUGACACUUCUGCGACGGCUUUCGGCGAAGGCUAAGCAGACUCUUACCGGUGACGCUAGCAUUCGAAGUUACGAGGAUAUUGCAGGUCUUGCUGAGAGCUCAGAUGACGCAGACUUUGCAAGAUCUGAUGCGCCCACAGAAGGACAAGCUCCUUCGAACUCGGACAUACCUAGCUAUUAUUACAUGACGCGGAGCUCCAGCAUCAUGACCUCUUCGUCCCGGACCAGGUCGUCCUCAGAUAGACUCGCCUCUCCAAGCACCCCGUCGUCGUUUUCGAGCAGUCCCUUGUCGGAUUCGGAACCAACUCCGAAGCCAACCAAUCGGCAGCAAAAGCGCGACAGUCACGGCACAGAUGCAACAUUAUCCGUAGGCAUCCCUCACAUGAGCUUGAACAUAUCGGCAAGCCUCGACUCUAUCGAUACCACAAGCGCGGGGCAUGUAUGGGUUUCUAUAGAAGCUAGCGUCACCACGUCUCCAGUAGCUCUGAGAACUAGUCGAUACGAAGGAUACAAUAUACAGCCACCACAGAAGUCCUUGGAUGCCGUCGUCUUGCUGUCCUCAGAUUGGGCUUACGGAGCCGGGAUUAUUGCGAAGGAGUGCCUCUUCCAACUCUUCUCACACCUGGACAUACCUGAAGAUAGGCUUGCCGUCAUCUAUUAUCACUCGCACCUGCCUGUUGAUGAUCACAUGAACCUGCCCUGCACGGUGGCACACCCAUUCGGAAGUCCGGACUUUGCUUACUGCUGCGAGCAGCUUGAGCCGUAUCUGCAUGAUGUUGCGAUACAUGCUCCUCAAACAUGCGGGCCAGCUUUGCAUCAUGCGUUGAACGACCUGGCCAGUCGUGACUUGCAGCAUGACUCAUUAGAGACGUUUGUCGUCGCCCGGGACCCCAGUGCUCUUGCUGACGCCUUGCUCGAGACUAAAGGUUGGCCAGCGCAUCAGAUCAGGAUAGGUCUGCAUAACUCCCGGUUUGUACCAGCUCAUCCGGCUCGGUACUCGAAUGAUUGGAGGAUACAUCUCCGCACUUUACAAGAUGUUCGUCCAUAUGUCUUCGACGAACUAUUUGGAGGCUUGCGUCGUCGGGACUGCUGGGACUCCAUCUCCAGUCUCCACUUAUGCUGCAGGCCCCUGUCAGACUGUACUGUCAUCGAGACCAUCGGACAGAAAGUCCUCAAGAACCUGCGCCCGGGCCAGUCAAGUCAAUUAUUUGUGAACCUAUACGUCCCACAGCUGAACAUAGAGCUGAGACAGCCUAUAGAAGAUUCCGAGAUGGGUGCGAUUUAUGCCGAGGUGGAAAGUAUGUUGGGAAUCUUGACGACGGACGUACUACGGGUUGAGGCAGAGUAUCGACAUCCCAUCCUUCCGUCAGAAAACAUCAUUCGUCUGCAGCACACCUUCAGCGUCAAAAGACCUCAGAGCGGAUCGGUAUGGUUGUCAGGGGCCGCUCAGCCAAAUGAGAACGUGCGUGUCCCGGGCGCGUUAGCGCAUUUCAUUGCUACUCACUACAUGCCAAGCCAUGGUCUGAAAAUGAUCAAUCGAUGGCUUCCGCCAUCGGCCCCAUUUGCAAGGGAUGUACAACAAGCUCGGGAAUAUCUGGAAAGUCUGAUAGCACGGCAGAGGUACGCCGUGGAGACACAAUUCCCGCAUGUUACUAUACAUGAAACCGGUGAAAUAAACCAGGAUUACAACGGCAUAUAUGACCGACAAAGGACGCCGAGCUUGACGCACAUGGAAAACACAGUCCCGCCAUACUGUGAACUUUCGGAGACGUCGCCGACGGACCCCUCUUCAAGGCGUCCACUGCCAGCAUUGCCGGCGGAGGCACACCCAGACAAGCAAGAAGGUCCGGCGCGCGAAGCCCGCGAUUCUGCGCGGGAGGUUUGGGAUCAGCGCAUCCGACGCAAGUCGCUUUCCUCGCAGCAGAUGAUGCGACUGACCUCGGACGUGCAGCAGAUGGAAGCGAGCGACGAUCACCUGCGGGUGCUGCAUAAUAAGGCGUUGACAAACAAACGCAGUAUCGGGGUCGAGACACUAAGGGCUUGGCAGAUGGAGCGAGCGGCAGAUAGGAAUGCCGCUGACGACCAGAGAAGUCCACCCUGGCUGUGA